AUGGCGACGCGCGGUAUUGCACAGCUAAAGGCUCAGUACAAUCGUGUUCGCACGAGUACGGCCCUUCAGGGCAACUCUAUGUGGAACAAUGUUAUCGGUAUUGAGAGUGAGCAGAAGGGAACAAACUCAGCCAUUGAAGCGACUCUUCGCGCGCCUUCAUAUGGGGGUGGAUACAAGGCGCAGCGCAUGGAGCGUGCGCAGCAGCUUAUCGAGGCAUCCGGCUACCAGCCCAAGGCGACGGAUCUGCAGGGGCUGUUGGCGCUUGCCAAGUCGCAGGGAGCUACCGGCAACGCCACCCGCGGCGCCUGCAAGAUCUGCGGUGGGCUAGGGCACCUCACGAAAAAGUGCAAGAACGGUGUCUCGGGGCACGCGGGGGACAUCGGCGACCUGGACGCGGCGGUUGCAGCUGCCAGCAUGCGCGCUCUGCUUCCUGACCUAGAUGAAGUAUCAUCCCUGGACUCUUCAGAUCUGGGGGGCAGCAGCAGUAGCGACUCAGGGGCGCCAGGGGGCCGCGGCGCGGACUCGGACGCGGACUCUGGCAGCAGCGGUGGCACCCGAAAGCGCAAGCGUAGCAGCAGCGCAGAUAAGAAGAAACGCAAGAAGGACUCGAAGAAGAAGAGCAAACGCUCCAAAAAGGAAGGCAAAAAGGAAAAGCAAAAGCGGGGGCGCAAAGAUGGCCCGGUUGCAGAGGACGCGCGCGGUCGGGACAAGUAUGCACGUGAGGAGGGCGAGCGGCGACGGGAGCGGCAACGACAGGCGGAGGCGGAUGAGGACGUUUCUCUGCGGGAGCGGCGUGGAGGCCGUGGAGGCUAUGAGGAGGAGAAGCUGGAGGAGGAUGCCGCCACGGAGGAGCGCCAACGGCGACGACAGCGUGAACGGCGAGAUCGCGGCGGUGAUGAGGAUAGGGCGGAGGAGUAUGACCGCGAGCGGUGGCGGGAGAAGGAGCGCGAACGCGAACGGGAGAGGGAACGUGAGCACGAGCGGGAACGUGGAAAGGAGCGUGAGUGGGAUCGAGGGAAGGAGCGGGGCAGGGACAGGGACGACGGUGGCGGGGAACGGCGGCAGGUUCGCGACCGCUACCGCGAGCCUGAGCGGGAACGGGGCCGGGAACGGGAAUGGGAACGGGAACGGGGCUUGGACAAGAAGCGUGAGCAGGAGCGGGAGGGGAAGGAUCAGAAGCGUGAGCGGCGGGAGAGGGAGGACCGAGGCGUGCGGGAUGCGGGGAAGGAGGAGGGGUAUCGGCGGCGGCAACGGGACCGACCUGAGGAAGACCGUGAGUAGGCAAAGGGAUCAGGUUUGUCAGCAUGCCGGGUACUGUUGUUGGCCUUCGAGGCCGUGGGAUACCCUUUGUUCACAUGCACAUAGAACUUUCGCUGGAGUCUCUUUUCUUCCAGGCGAGACAGCGAAUACGUUUGUGUGUGCGUGUGUUACAACAUAUGACCUCUUGCAUCUCUCUUGAUGGCUAUUUCGGAAGGCCAGGCUCGUGAUUCCGCUUGGCUGCGACGUCUAUAACUUCAGAUUAUCCGCUUUGUAUAUAUUGUAGGUGUAUAGGUAUUGUUUAACAUCGGGUAAGCGGGGUUGCGGUGUCUUACUGUUAGGCUCGAUGCGACGGCUCGGCACGCCUAUCUCUUGCCUGGGACUUUGUUACUGGACCGAAGGUUGCUCCCCAAGUCACCAACAGGUGUGAGGGCUGUUUUGCCUUCUCCGGCAUGAACUCCAAUGUAUGGGAACCCCACUUAAAUUGCAGAUGGACGGUUCAGGUGUUGUUUCUGCUGGUUUUUUCUACAACUUUUCUGUUUUACCCUUGCGCACGUUGUACCCUUGUGUGUGACAUUAGCGGUGUCCCGGAGCCGUUUCAGACGGCAAAGCGAGACGGAUAUAUCUCAAAUUUUGUCAAUUUCUGAGGACUAGAGCUUUG